AUCCUGAAAGUAAAUAGAGUAGAGUGGCAUUGAUGGGAUUGAUGAGAUAGCAUAGCAUGGUAAUGGUAUGAAUGUAUGAUACCCUAAACCCUUCGUCAAGCGCACGCUUUUUUCGCUUAGCUGCUUUCUAAAAUUCCCAACCAAUACAGAACCCACACUCUUCUUAAAUUCAUCUUAUGAUGAGUGAUACCAAGUUUCAAGCUUCGGAAGCUUUUGCUAUGGCCUCUAACGAUCGCACGGAUGGAAACGCCACCGUGCCUCCUCCACGCUCUGCUAUUCACUCCGGUGAUAACUCUGUUUGGGCUGAUGCUUCCCCACUCCUCCAUGCCGCAUGCCAAGAUCUUAAAGAGGGAGAGCUCAUUCAUGGCGAUAAUUUCAAUCUUUAUGCUGCCAUGUCUGCUUUGGAGAUAAUGGAUCCAAAGAUGGAUUCAGGCAUUGCUUGUAAAUAUUACUCUCUUGAGGAGGCCAUCGAGGAUGGUGCUGCCCCAAUUCCUAUUAGUGUUGAUAAAACUACGGAUGUUCGCUGCACAAUUGACAUCAUGGACCAUUUACUAGCCUGCGAGGCUACAUGGCACAAGGGUCAUUCAUUGGCACAAACUGUCUAUUCUUGCCUCUAUCUCCUGCAGACUGAAAGAACAUCAUCACAUGCCCUGUUGCACUCUUACUGUAAAGUCAUCCAGGAAACUUGCAAAGAAGUUCUUUCAGUUGUAUCGGACGCACGCACACAUGAAGAAGAGGAUCUUUUUACCAUGUCAUAUGGCCUUCCUCUUGGUGGAAAUGGAGAUGAGAAGUGUUUAUCAAUGCUAAAUGCUGUUGAAGAAACAGUGUCGCGCCAAUUACGUGCUUGUAAAGCCUCAUCGUCCAAAAAAAGAGUUUCAGAAGAUAUAGAGCCCCUUCAAAAUAAUCCUGAUCUGGAAGAAGGCUACUGCAAAGCAUUGUUAUGUCGAUUACGCUUUCGUAAGCACUUUUACCAUCUCUUAAUAUCUAUGAGACGGCCCCAAGGAAGAGGUUUAGAGUUGGGAAGAAAGCACAUAGCUUCAUGCAUUGCAGAGAUUGAUUCCAUUCGGAAAUCGUCAGUGUUUCUUAGAGCUAGGGCUCAGGAAAUUUCUGGACAAAAUAGAAGCAAUACAACUGCAUCUGGCAAUCAGCCAAUUGGCUUUGAUGCUAGUAUAAACUGUAGAUUAGCAGCCCCAACACCACCACGGGCAAUUGAAAUUCUUUCUUGGGAGAAGGCACUUGACUAUUUUGUAAAACUUCUUCAAGAUUUAGACCAUAUAUGUUCCUAUACGUUGGACCCAUCAUUGGAGGCUGCUUUGCUCUUUGUAGUUAACUUCCAGAAAUCUCAACCUGAUUUGGUUUCUAGAGCUCAUCUUCAGAUUUUGCUCGUCCAAGGAGGGAAACUCUAUGGUCGAGAACCUAUAUUUUCUGUGGUCAUUAGAGCCGCUGGAUUACCUGAAUUCACAAAGAGUCAUGUCAUUCAGGAAAAUGAAUUUAUGGUGCAACUAGGACAGUUAGUGAUAAAUUUGCUCAAAAUUCUUUGUACAAAUGCUGCAUGGCAAAGGCGUAAGCUAGGUAAAAUGUUACAAGACUGGCGUGUCACCUAUGUGCAGUUGGAGUUAGCUUUUGAAAAGGAGUUUGGAGAAACUUCAGACAUCUCUGACAACAAGCAUAUAAGCAUCACAAUAUUUCAACAAAUUCUUCCCUGGGUUGAAGAGCAAACUUAUUGGAUAGCUUAUCGAUUUCUGAUUUUAGGAUUUGAAUUGGAACUUUACUCUGUACAUGAUUAUUGCAUGGUAUAUUGGUAUAUUUAUGCUGUGUUGACUAAGCUUGCGGAGAAGAAACAUAUUAGGAUGGCAAUGAGCAGUGGUACAGCUAAAAAGAAGACAAAGAAGAAAAGAGAUUAUUUGAAAGAUGCAAGAACAGAUUAUCAAAUUCCUGCAGCAGUUUUGUUUCUUCAAAGCCAAAUAUAUCUAGCUGAAGGUCUAAGCAUGAUGCUUGCUGCAUUGAGAAAUGAACACAAAUUAGUUCCACCACAAAGCCCUUUCAAUACUGAACGUGAGGUAUUCAUGCAGCAGUUUGAGCUUUUACAAAAAGCUUGCCUUCCUGAUCGCGUCUCGUAUGUGACAUUCAAAGAGUCCACUAUCCACGCUGACUUCUCUACUCAAGUUUUGUCAGAUCACUUCAAAGAAGCUCAUAGGAUUGCAAAAGAUGUGAAGAGUAGUUUCGCACAUGAUGCUGACAUGAUGGCUGAAAUUCGUAGAAUUGAGCAAGUUGCAGAACACAACAACAUUGCCUUAAAUGUCAUUAGCAGAGUUGGAGUCCUUGAACCAUCUUUAAAAAUUUCUUUCACCUUCACUCAUCAUCCUUUCUUUGCCACGGCCAUUGUGAAGAGAUCUUAAUGGUUGAUUCAACCAAUUUUGAAGCAUGUUGUAGGGUGUUAGGGAGCAAAUGUUCUCUGUGGCAUUAACAGUUGUAAUACUAUUUGUUCAAACUGAUUUGUGGUUUAUAUAUUAGAUUGAAAUUGACAAAUUGUAAUUUUUUCAGAGGAACAAAUAAUAAAAAAAAAGAAAAU